CUCAAGCGGAUCACGGAGCGCUGGGGGACCUCCGUACCGGAUGUGGAGGUGCUCUUGGCGGCAGAUGACGACCCCACACAGGACGCUGCUGACCCCAACCUCUGGAAGCAGGGCCCCUUGUGGCCGAUCAUGAAGCAGUGCAAGUCCUCCCAGUCCGCAGACAUCACGGUCCCCACCUGGCACUUCUACAGCCUGCAUGCAAGCGCCAUGUUCUUCUCACAGACCGAGCGGUUCAACCGGGAAACGCCCUGGGAGGCCAGGCAGCUCCGGGCGUAUGGCGGCGGGCUGCUGUACCACCGAACCAUGUGGUUACACGACAAUGCACGAUCCCUGGAAGGCAACCUCAGCUGGGGUCCGGAGCCGGCGCCCAUGCUGCGGGAGAAGUUUGCGCAAUACCUGCGCGAGGAGCUGCGACACCCCGACAUCGUGUUUGAUGAGGGGGCACCCAUCGACACGUGGGGCAACAACAAGAUGGUCAUUCACCUGGAC